AUGGGUAGCUUGUCCAAGUGGUUGAGGAGGUAUGGCAACGCUUGUCCUCACCGCAAGGUCUCGCUGCCGAGUCACGUGUGGAAGACCGGCAAGGUUGACUUCAUCGUCGAUCACAGGGAGAAGGGAGCGGUGACAGCAGUGCAGGACCAGGGUCAUUGCGGCAGCUGCUGGUCCUUCGCUACUGUGGGAGCAGUGGAGGGCGCGUGGGCGGCAGCAGGGAACAAGCUGCUGCCGCUGUCAGUCGAGGAGCUGGUGCAGUGCGACAAGAUGAUGCUGAACUCAGGGUGCGACGGGGGAGUGAUGCAGUACUCCUUCGAGUGGAUCAUUCGCAAUGGCGGCAUCGCAUCAGCUGAGACCUUUCCCUACAUCUCCGGCAAGCUCCCCUACAAAGAUGAUGGCACGUGCAAGACUCGGGUCAAGCUCGCCAGGAACGUGACGAUACGAGACUACUGUGACAUCGACUACCGCGACAUGCUCGGCCUUGAGCAGGCGGUCGUGCGUCAACCAGUGGCGGUGGCUGUGCAGGCUCAGCAGAUGGCGUUCAGGUUCUAUCACGGAGGAAUAAUCUCUAGCUCCAAGUGCGAGAGCAGAAUCGACCAUGGCCUGCUGCUCAAACACUUCUGGCUGCUCAAGAACUCCUGGGGAGACGACUGGGGAGAGGACGGCUAUGUGAGACUGGAGAAGGAGGCUGGCGUCAGCACAUGCGGGGUUGGAGACGCUGCUUCGUACCCGAUCGUGUGA